AUGGGUGGAUCAUGGCAAAAAUUUAAGAGCAAACUUAUAUCAGAAUUCGGACAUCCGUGGGUAACAGCUCGUUUCAAGGACAAGGUUCAAGACGAAGUUGAGGAUGAAGUCGAAGACGAAGUUGAGGAUGAAGUCGAAGACGAAGUUGAGGAUGAAGUUGAUGACGAAAUUGAGGACGAAACUGAGUACGAAAUUGAAGACGAACUUGAAGACGAAAUUGAGGACGAAAUUGAAGACGAAGUUGAAGACGAAAUUGAGGACGAAGUUGCAGACGAAGUUGAAGACGAAAUUGAGGACGAAGUUGCAGGCGGAGUUGCAGGUGGAGUUGCAGAAGGAGUUGCUGACGGAGUUGCAGACGGAGUUGUAGACGAAGUUGAAGACGAAGUUGAAGACGAAAGGAACGGGGAGACCGACGCGAUCCAGAAGAGGAACGCAGGAUCGAACGGGUUGCCGCAAGCAAGUGACGGUGAAGAGAUGCAGGAAGCGGUUCCGGAAGUCGCGAUAGGAGGAAAGACGGUAGACGGAGAUGUCUACGAAGACGAUUGGAAGAACAAGAGCGCGAGCGACGAUGAAGCCGACGAUGAAAACGAUGACAAGGACGACGGAGAGAACGAUGGCGCGAGCGACGGGAAGAGCAACAAUGAAAACGAGAAAGAAGACGAGAGAGAAGAUCAGGAGGACGAGGGCGACGAUGGAGACGAAGACGAGGACGAUGGAAAGAACGAUGACGCGAGCGACGGGAAGGACGACGACGAAGACGAAGACGAGGGCGCAUACAAGGACAAAAAUAAGAACGAAGGCCAGAAGG